AUGGCUGUCGAUUACUAUCGUGAAGUUGACCUCGUUCAAGAGCGAGUGGUUCCACCUGAAGGAGUUGUUGUACCAUCCUCAGGUGCUAAAGAGGCUGUUUAUACCCCAGAAAAGUCUAAUAAAGAUGUUAUUGCAAAGGCAUCCAGUAAGUUUGUGAAGUUGAUCGGUAAUAAUGAACUCGUAGAUGGGAUAUCAGUGCGUUAUCCACCAUAUAUGGUUGAUUUCUUCAGGAGGAGAAGGACUAAUUUGGCUGAGAGGCUGGAUAGAACUUCUGAAAAGUUAGAGAAGGCAUCGAAUAGGUAUUACCGUAGUGAGCGUAAAAUUACAUCCACUAUUGCCGGAUUGAAAGCUGAGAGGAAAGAAGAGUUUAUCCCUGGGCUAACCUAUACUGCUGUUUCAUUCAUGACUGGUUCUGUGUUGACCAGAAAUAGGAAUUUUGUUUACAGGUUCUUCACCCCAAUUAUAUUGGGUACUACUUGUCUAGCAUUUGUUUUGCCUGGUACUUUUAAUAAUGUUAAAAGUCUGUGCUAUGAUAUUGAGAAACACAAUUUCCCAAGUUUUGUGGAGAAUCAAGAUAAAAUAGUUUUUAAAAUAAAUGUUGGGAUUGGUAAGACGAUCAGCGUCCUGGAGCACACAUUUUCUACCAUUGGAAAAGGAGUUAGUAGGACUCAAGCCGCCCUUCAAGAAUGGACGGGUCUUAAUGUAUAA